UCCCUACUCGAGGACAGAUGGAUGUGACACCUGGACGCAUGGCGCACUGAAUUCCACACCCCCACCCCUCCACCGAAUGAAGACAGCUCACUAGUUGUCUAUUAAACCUGGUUCUUCACCUUUACGAUGGAUAUUUACGCCUCCACUUUAUCACCAGCGGUGGACAUCUGUGUCGGCUGUUACCUGCUGGUUUUGGCUGUGUUCUCCAUCUUUGGGAAUGUUCUUGUCCUCGUCAUGGCGUACAAAAGGUCAUCGCGGAUGAAGCCGCCGGAGCUGCUGAGCGUGAAUCUGGCGGUGACCGACCUGGGAGCGGCCGUGACCAUGUAUCCCCUGUCCGUGGCCUCUGCCUGGAGCCACCACUGGAUCGGGGGAGAUGCCUCCUGUGAUUAUUACGCCCUGGCAGGAUUCUUCUUUGGCGUCGCCAGCAUCAUGAACCUGACCACCUUGGCCAUCGUGCGCUGUGUUGUCUCCCUCAAUCUGCACUCUCACAAGGAGAUAAUCAGCUGGCUGAAGGUGAAGAUGCUGUGCAUGUGGUGUUGGCUGUGGGCACUGAUCUGGGCUCUGUUCCCUCUACUGGGUUGGGGUCGAUACGGCCCGGAGCCCUUCGGACUGUCCUGCUCCCUUGCCUGGGGUCAGAUGAAACACUACGGCUUCUCUUUCGUCAUCUCCAUGUUCACCUCCAACUUCCUCCUGCCUUCUGUCAUCAUCGUUUUAUGCUACUUUGGCAUUGCCAUCAAGCUCUACUGCAUCUACAGAAAGUCCAACAACACUAACCAGGUCCAAAAUUUGGUCAGGCUGCAUCGGAGGCUGUUGAUGAUCGCUGUCCUGAUCAGCGUGGGCUUCAUAGCCUGCUGGACGCCCUAUGCCCUGGUGAGCAUGUGGUCCAUUAUCUACGACAGCAGCAGCAUCCCACCUGAGGUCAGCCUUCUGCCCUGCAUGUUUGCGAAGAGCUCCACCGUGUACAAUCCCCUGAUUUACUACAUGUUCAGCAAGAGCUUCAAAAGAGAGGUAAAGCAGCUGCGGGGGCUGUGCCUCAACUGUAACUCGUGCCCCAGUGCCGACACCAUCAAUGAAACGGGGAUUUACAUGGUCAGUAACGACCUCAGGCCCAAAAUCGCUGCGCGGUUUGAGCCUAGAGAGCAAAGUGUGACUCUGGGUUGAAAGACUUUCCUGCUCUAAACUGAGGGAACAUCGGAUGGUCUCACAAUGUGUUCUUUCACAAAACGUUAUCAAGAAACCUCUCUUUUCAGUACAAAUAGUGUUUGCUGUCUUGACACAGGAAGUAUUUUUGCACAAAACAAUACUGUGAAGUCAACCAGCUAACCAACACUCUGUUGAUUAAACCUGCUACCGAAGAAGUAAGUGCGGUGAACUGCUUUGAGUUUUGUCAUUCCCAUGGACUGCACAAGUUUACUCGACUACACAGCACAAUGAAAACGAGACAGCCACACAGACUACAAGAAAACAAACCAAAGGUUGUUCAGCAUAAAUUGCCAAACAUAUCUAUUUUAGAUCAAUCUCAAAGUUACAUCUGCAGCUCAUUUGUUGGAAUAGUUGCUUUUGGAUGAUUUCUUGACACAAAACCAAAAAUUUCAAUGAAAACUAUAACUGCUGAAAGUGGAAGAUGUUUCAUAAAUCUGCCUCAAAGAAAACAAAUAUAUUCCAUGUUGUUGGGUUCUUGGAAGAAGGCAGUAUGACAUAUUUGAAUUUUUAGAAUGUUAGGCUUCAUCUUGAGGUUGAGCAUCUGUUAUAUGAAAGGAUAAGACUGACAUUAUUUUAUUAUUAUCAUUCAAAGAUUUGGAAUAAAAUCUGAAUUUAUUUUACUAUUUAGAGCUUUGUUAUGUACUGUGAAGCGAAGAGGUCCCUGUGGCGGAGUGUGUCGUCCAAAUGCAAAAGGUCGAUCUAUUUUUUCUUUGCUAAUCUAGCAUAAGGACCAUAAACAGAGGGAACAGCUGUAGUUUCCAAAUCCAUCGUAACAUGUUGUUACGAAUUCAACAUAACACAGCAAAAGAGACAUAUCAUGCUUUUUCAUUUUUGUGUGUGUCAUAUUGGUUUAUUAUGAUUGUAAAAGGUCUGCAACGUUAAAAAGCCUGAUGUUGCAGUCCAGGGAGCUCCUGACAGACAGGCUGAGAACAAGUGCUUUUCAGCUGCUGCAGCAAUGGACAGUUUAAGGAGAGUGACGGGUUUUCCAAACAUUAGAGCAUAUAAAACAUUUUAAAUUACCCAAGUUAAAAUUUUGAACCUGAAUAUGAGCAUUAGAUGUCACCUUUAGUUUUAGAGAAACUGGCAGGCGGAUUGCGUUAAGAGUUUGUUUUGAACUUUCUUUACAAAAAAUGCUGAACAUCUGCAGAGUUAAGCUUGACUUGUCCAUUUGUGAAGUUUGGGAACAACCAGUUGACUGAACAGUCCCAACCCAAGGUUCACUAACCUGCUUGUUCUGGAGCUUUUGACCGUAUCGCAGUCCUCAUUAGCAAACGGAUUCAUUUACAGAGUCUGCUCAGUUAGCCGUCAAUAUAGAGAAGAGGUCCCAUUCCCAUAGGUGCCAACAGUCAUUGAACGUUUGAAAAUACUCGGCUAAUAAGGACUGUACGAUAUGGAUGGAAGCACCAGAACUCAUUAUUAACGACAGGCACCGUUUUGGAGUUCUAAGGCAGAGAUAAAUCAGCCGUAUUAGAAUCGGACCAACGUGUGUACUUGUUGGAGGUUAAUGGAUUACUGUGUUGACAUUACAUGGGAUUUGUUAAUAAUCAAAAUAAAACUGACGUUUUUAUCCUUCUUAAUCCUUUAUGUUCCACUGUGUGAACUUCCCCCAUCACUGUCUGCAGUAUGCUGUUGUAUACAACACAGCCUAAAAAAUAUAUUUUAUCACCUGAAAUUCCCUUUUUUUUGUUGUGUUAUUUUAUUUUCACUUGUAUCACUGUUGUAUGUGUUAAAUUAUUUUUAAAGUUUGUAAAUGUUGAGCUAUAAACCUUAAAUAAAUGUA